AUGGAUUCAGAGUCGAUUGAUUGUCUUAACUCUAUACAGGAGUAUAAUAUCUUGAUAAAUGAAGAUGAAAUGAACAAUGAAUAUUUCAACACAAAUAUCAGGGGCUCGACAUGCCCACCUACACCUGCUCUAUCAGAUGUAAACCAGGAACAGAAAUGAGAGGUAAUUCUGAUGAAUAAUUGUCUAUCAACUCCUUCAAGCACAAGUAUGAAAAAUUAUAAUUUAAAGAAAAGGGAUCUAAAGAGCUCUACCAAACACUCUUCUCACAACACAACUUCUGAGAGUAAUAAGGAAUACAACGCCAAAAUAGAGAAAUAGAAAGAUGCAGAACCGAGUAGCUGCUCAGAAGAGUAGAGACAGAAAGAAGUCAAAAAUGAAAACUCUGGAAAAGGAAAAUACCCAGCUCAGUCAAGAGAUCAACAGACUUUCUAAUAUCUGUAAAGGAUACACCAGCCAGUUACAAGAAAUUAAGAAUAUUAUUGAUGGCUAUUUAUGAGAGACAUGAAUUAGCUCAUUUAGAAAUAAAUUGGGUGAAAAAGUAACCAACCUUAAUUCACCUAAGAAUAACCUUGACACUAAACAUCUUAAAGCAUGUGGCUCUUUGCCAAGAGCUUCUUCAGAUAUCCAGAAGGAUGUCGGAAAGUUAGAAUUGUGGCGAUCAGAGGAAAUUUCUGAUAUUGAAGUAGACUCACAAAAUCAUGGUAGCAGAGACAAUGAGGGGUUUAAGAUGCCAGAACCUGUUGUUACAAAUACAUCUGCAAUUUCUCUAUCAUUAGGAAGCAACGUGCCACUAAAUUUGUUCAGUAUUUUCCUCUCAGUGGCUUUAGUUUGAUGAUUUAUGUGCUUCUGAUUCAUCAUGGACAAACAUUCUCCAGAAAAAUCAGGAGAGAGUCAGAGUAAUAUACGAAACCUCCAAGAAACUGGGUGGAACUUUACUCCAAAUGCUUCUAUCUUUGGGGAUUAUGGGGGAGAAGAAUUUAUUUUCGAAAAUCAUCAUCAUUCAAUAAGAGGGAUGGAUAACUUCAUGGACUUUUUGAAAUAUCAACGAUAUUCCUUCUUUUCCAAAGUAGAAAGUGAUUACCUGGACGAGCCGGAGAACGACACUUUGCAGAUCUUCAAACCUGAUGAAACAUACACUGAGUUGAACCCCAACAACAUUAUUCAGGAUAAAUUGUAUAGAGCCCGUGAUGAUUCGAGUAGAGGAAUGUCAGAGGAUGAUAUUGAAAGUAAGAAUAAGAAAUAUCAUCACAUUGAAUCUAUUUUAUGAGACUCCUCGUUUAUCUUCUCUGAAGAUAACAAGUUUCUCUACGGUGAUGACAUCAACUACCUCCAUUUGUUAGUCAAGACAAAUGGGGCUAAGCUGAUAAACUCUAGUAUGGACUAUUUCGAGAAAUCUGGAGAUCCUCUUGAUGCUUAUGAUCGCUGAAGUGGCUACGAGUGUGAUGACAGCAACAUGAUUGAAGUAGGAUGAAAGAUAUUCAGCACGGCCAUGGCUAAUAUUACCUCUUAGCUCCCGUGGUGCUAGUCUAGCUGAAUGAAAAUUUUUAAAAUCUCUUAAUUUUCA